GGUAGAGGUGACACCUGUGGCCAGAGGAUAAAGGGGCUCUAAUCGUUCACCUUUCUUUGCAGCGUGAAGAGGGAUCCUCAUCUCUGUCGGUCCUGAGUUUCUCCUCUGAUGGCCCCGAAGAAGAAGGAAGAGCCAAAGCCGGCAGCACCAGCGGCCCCUAAACCGCCAGAGCCAGAACGCCCCAAGACUCCAGAGUUCGACCCAACAUCAGUGACGCUGGAAUUCACUCCUGAACAAAUUGAAGACUUCAAAGAUGCUUUCCAGCUGUUUGAUCGAACACCAGCAAGUGAGAUGAAAAUCACUUACGCUCAGUGCGGGGACCUGAUCCGUGCUUUGGGCCAGAAUCCUACUAAUGCAGAGAUCAUGCAUGUUCUUGGAAAACCUAAACCUGAAGAUAUGCAGACCAAAAUGCUUGACUUUGAGCAGUUCCUCCCAAUCCACCAGCACAUCUGCAGAGCCAAGGAUCGUGGCACAUUUGAAGACUUUGUUGAGGGUUUAAGGGUUUUCGACAAGGAGGGGAAUGGGACGGUCAUGGGUGCUGAGCUCAGACACGUUUUAGCAACCCUCGGUGAGAAGAUGAGGGAGGAUGAAGUGGAGCAGCUGAUGCAAAACCAAGAAGAUGCGAAUGGGUGCAUAAAUUAUGAGGCUUUUGUAAAGUACAUCAUGGCAUCCUAAAAAAGCAGUUAUCUGUUUUAGACUCAGUGCAAAUCUGGUGUUCACAUGACAUAUUUAGAACAACGGAAAGUGAGUCUAGAAACCCAAAUACAUCCCAGGAGAUCUGUGUUUUUAAGUAAAUCCCAUCCUUGUAUAUUUUCA